UGCUUCAAUCAUUUUGUCCAAUUGCAAGUCAUUGCAGAACGAAGAGUUGAUUGAUUUGAUGAUCAUUCGCAUAGAAUUAUGAAGUAGAUGUGAAAUAAAUAAACUUCCAAAUAUGGCAUGCAACUUCCGAAAAGUCAGCGCAUGCGCGCCCUAAGUUUGUAAAUAAAAACUUUGAGCGCAUACCCACGCAAACGGGCACCCACACACACCCUGGGAAUUAAUUCACCCACGUAAGGUGAAUAGGUGGUUAAAAUGGGCGCACUGGUGGUUUCAGAAAGUAAUGAGAUCACGACGUACGGAUUUUAUCAAUUUUCCUCUUAGAUAAUGACGGAAUGAAUAUUUUUGAGACGUCUGAUGUUUUAUUGGGUGAGGUGCGUUUUGCAGCGGUGGAUUAGAACCUGGAGAAGUGAGAAGUGUCAUGGCGGACCUCACGGGCUGAUUCCUGAGCUGAAACCGUGAAAUUUUACCACAAAAACCGAAAAUGGCAGCCCAGAAGCCUGUGGAAUGGGUGCAGGCCGUGAUAUCACGAUUCGAUGAACAGUUGCCUAUCAAGAACCCUGUACACAACACCCACUCCAGGCUGCAUAUUGAGAUGAACAAAGAGUGUCUGGUCAAUGUGAGCAGAUACAAGUUCUCUAUUGUCAUCAAUGGGCUGACCAACAUCCUCAAGGGCCUCUCUACUAUGAAAAUCAGUGGUCCAGAUGCAGAGAAGAACCUACAUCAGUCCCAGCUUAUUAUACUGGACACACUGGAGAACUGCUUAGAGGGGCAACCAAAAGACACCUCCCGAUUGGAUGAAACCAUGCUGGUCAAGCAGCUGCUACCAGAGAUCUGUCAGUUCAUAAACCUACAAAAAGAAGGUCCCCUGGUGUCUGAACUGAAGGCGUCAGCGUCGCGGGUCCUUUUUUCUCUCAGCUGUAACAACUUCAACGCUGUCUUCAACAGGAUUUCUGCAAGACUCCACAACUUGUCGGUGUGCAGCGAGGAUACUCCAGACAUCAGCGACUUGGAGCUGAUACAACACAUCAACGUCGACCUGUCACGCCUCACCAGAUUGUUGCAAGAAGCUGUGCAGAAGUUUAAGCAGCUGAAGAAGUCUGUACACAUAGCACUAGCGACGAAUCUCGAGAGAGCCAUAUGGAAUCUUCUAGAAAAUUAUCCAGAGGAAUUCCAAGAACUUCAUCAGAAACCAAGUGCAGACCUAGAAGAGUGUGCGGAGAAGUUGUUUGAUCUGUUGGACACCUUUGCCGGGGAGGGCUCUAGGAGGAAGGUGGCAGCCGUAUGGCCACUGCAGAUCAUGCUGCUGGUGCUAUGUCCUGCAUUGUUGCAACAAAUAGCUAGUAAUGACCCCAACGUAGUGUCCAACCCAAGAUACCAGAAGAAGCGACUGUUCAUCGAUCAUGUCAAGAAGGCCCUGAGCGGCCAGGGAGUGCCAAAACACCUGACAGAGAGUGCAGCUGUCGCCUGCGUCAAGCUCUGUAAGGCGUCCACCUACAUCAGCAGACAAGACAACUCAGUCUUGUGUUUUAUUGUACAGUCUCUGUUGGGUGACCUCAAGAACCUGCUGUUCAAUGCUCACAAGCAGUUCUCGCGAGGUCCAGGGUACCAGAUGGCGGAUAUCGAGCUGAUGAUUGACUGUUUUGUGUCCUGUUUCCGCAUCAACCCCCACAACAACUCCCAUCUCAAGGCCUGUCUACAGCCCAAUGCCCCGCCCGCCUUCCAUUUCGUCCUGGUCAGAUCUCUACACAUGAUUAUAACACAGAGAGCCAUGCCAUGGUGGCCCAAGAUCGACACUCUCUACAGCUUCUCGGGGGAGCUGCGGACGAUGCUCACAGACACCCUGAGAAAAGUCACGGAGGGAUGCAGCACAAACACACCCCUCAGACUCAGCCAGAGCAUGACAUUACGGGAGAAAGUGACCAGUCUGAAGUUCAAGGAGAAACCAGCAGAUGAAACAUUGAGCUACAAGACCCUCCUGCUGUGGAUAGUCAAACUCAUCUACCCAGACCCCAUGCUGAUGUUACAUAACCCUGGAAAGAUGGGCCAUGAGAUCCAGAGCAGCACCUUGGAGCUGAUAAAUGGCCUGGUGUACCUGGUCCCACAGGAACACAUGCCUGAGCUGUCACAGGAAGCCAUGGAGGCGCUCCUGUGCCUCCACCAACCAGAAAACAUCGAACUGUGGAACCCCGAGGCGCCUAUCGCAACUUUCUGGGACAUCAGGUAUGCCGUAGAGGAGAACAGCCAAGUCUCGUUACAUAUGAGUGAUAGUGAGUGGACAGCCAAAUCAACCAAGGCUGGAUUCCUAGCAGAGAGUUGCCAAGUUUUGUUCUCAGUGUCCCAGAAGCUGAUAGUACAGCAGCUCCCCAACAGCACGGACAUCUUGAAGUGGCUGAGAGAGAUCCUCUCCUGUCGUAUCAAGUUCCUCGUCAAGUACAAGGACCAUGCGACCGUGGGCAGCCACAUCCCCAUCUGUCGCCAGGCCCACAAGAAGCUGGAGGUGGUGUUCUUCAUGUACCUGUGGAGUAGUGACAUGGAGGCUGUACUGGUCGCCAUGUCCUGCUUCCGCUAUCUGUGCGAGGAGGCCGACAUCCGCUCGCGCGUGGACGACCUGUCGGUGGAACAGGUGUUGCCCAACUACACAGUGUACUCCGACUUCGCUUCAGCGUGCAAUAACAAUAUCGUGUCCAUGGGUCGUGCAGCGCUUCAGAAGCACAUAAUGUCCCUUCUUAGAAGAAUAGAACAUUCCACAAGGGGAAACAUGGAGGCUUGGGAAGAGACAAGAAACAAGUGGGAAAACAACACCAAGGUCCUCAUCAACUACCCCAAGGUCAAGGGUGACGACGCGCAGACGCCGGACAGCCUCCACAGAACGGUUGUACGCCGGCGAGCUUCCCAGUCCCCCUCUCUGCAUGAGCAUGAUCUGGAUGAUCAGUUAAACGAGUGGAUCAACAUGACAGGGUUUCUGUGUGCACUGGGUGGGGUCUGUCUGAUGGACAAGACUAACACAAGGAGAAGUAUUGCCAUUCCUUCGGACCCCAGCAGAAAAGGCAGCGUGUAUUCCCUGUACAAUGGUUCUCCCCAGUCCGAGGAGGAGAUCUACCCUCCUGUCAGCAGAUUCCUGGCAAAACUCCUCAACCUUCUGGUGUGCAAUAGUGAGAGGGCAGGGCUACAGAUCCGAACAGCUGUGAAGGACCUCCUUGGACUUGAACUCCACCCAGCCCUUUAUCCCGUCCUCUUCAACCAGAUCAAGUCCAACGUCAACAAGUUCUUCGACUCGACAGGGCAGGUACGCGUAACAGUGACAGAGACUAACACACUAUUCGUGGAGCAAGUCAUCUCCAUUAUGAAGAACAUCCUAGAGAACAAGAGUGAUCAGGCAUACGAACACCUUGGGAGUGCCAGUAUCGAGAAUCUCAUGUUGGGACUGGUCAGAUAUGUACGAAACUUGGAUCACAGUGUUCAGGGCAUCCACAUCAAGACCAACAUGUGCUGCCUGGUUGAAGUGAUGAUGAGCAGAAGAGACGACCUCUCCUUCCACCAUGAGAUGAAGUUCCGCAACAAACUUGUGGAGUACCUGACGGACUGGAUCAUGGGAACCUCCAUCCAGCCUGAGCAGGAGGAUCUCAAGGUCAUGACAAGGGACCUGGACCAGGCUAGUAUCGAGGCAGUUGUUGCUCUGUUAACUGGGUUACCUCUUCAGCCUGAGGAGGGGGACGGGGGAGAUCUCAUGGAAGCCAAAUCACAACUCUUCCUCAAGUAUUUCACCCUCUUCAUGAACCUUCUGAAUGACUGUGGUGAACAAGAACAAGACAACGAUAGCAGCACCAACGGUGCACGGAAGCGUGGCAUGUCCCGCCGCAUGGCCAACCUGCGCAACUGCACAGUGUCCGCCAUGUCCAACCUGCUCAACGCUAACAUAGAGAGUGGGCUGAUGCACUCCUUAGGUUUGGGGUAUCACCAAGACAUACAAACCAGGACAACAUUCAUGGAGGUGUUGACUAAGAUCCUCCACCAGGGGGCAGAGUUUGACACACUGGCUGAGACAGUUCUGGCUGAUAGAUUUGAGCGUUUAGUAGAACUUGUGACCAUGAUGGGAGACAAGGGGGAGUUACCCAUUGCCAUGGCACUGGCUAAUGUCUGCUCCUCUGUACACAUGGACGAGCUGGCUAGAGUACUGGUGACACUGUUUGAUGCCAAACACCUUUUAUAUCAACUUCUGUGGAAUAUGUUUUCUAAAGAGGUAGAGUUAGCUGAUUGUAUGCAGACCAUAUUCAGGGGGAACAGUCUUGCCAGCAAAAUCAUGACCUUCUGUUUCAAGAUCUACGGAGGCAGCUACCUACACAACGUGUUGGAACCCCUGCUGAGGGGCAUGUUACAUCCUGAACUCAGCAAUGUUCUGUACGAGAUAGACCCUGCAAGGAGUGAGCCAGGGAGCAGCGUUGACGAGAACCGGAAAAACUUGAUGGUCCUGACGCAGAAGUUCUUCAACCGCAUCGUGAACUCUGCUGACCAGUUCCCGCAGCAGCUGAGAAGCAUGUGCCACUGCCUGUAUCAGGUGGUCAGCCAACGCUUCCCUCAGAACAGCAUCGGGGCAGUGGGCAGCGCCGUCUUCCUGAGGUUUAUCAACCCUGCUAUUGUAUCUCCAUGUGAAAAUGGCCUGAUUGACAGAGAACCAAGUCCAAACAUCAAAAGAGGCCUCAUGCUCAUGUGUAAGGUGAUGCAGGGAGUGGCCAAUCACGUCCUCUUUACCAAGGAGGAGCACAUGAGACCAUUCAAUGAUUUCCUCAGGGCCAACUUUGAUGCUGGAAAAAGAUUUUUCAUGGAGAUAGCCUCCGACUCGCAGACGCUGGACAACAGCAGCCACACAGUGUCCUUCAUCAGUGAUGCCAACGUCCUCGCCCUGCACAGACUACUCUGGAACAACCAGGAGAAGAUAGGGGCCUACCUGGCCAGUAGCAGAGAUCAGAAGGCUGUGGGAAGAAGACCGUUUGACAAGAUGGCCACCCUCCUGGCAUACCUGGGUCCUCCUGAACACAACAGACCAGCAAUGGAUGCACAGUGGACCAGUAUGAACUUGACCAGUACCAAGUUUGAAGAGUUUAUGACGCGACACAACGUCCACGAGAAAGAGGAAUUUAAACAGAUCAAGUCACUAAACAUUUUCUACCAGGCAGGGAACUCCAAGGCAGGGAACCCUGUGUUCUAUUAUAUAGCCAGGAGGUACAAGUCAGGCCAGAUGAAUGGAGACCUCCUUCUGUACCACAUUCUCCUGUCCCUAAAGCCCUUCUGUGGGAAGACUUACGAAGUGGUCCUGGACCUGACACACUGUGGGCCUGACAACAGAUUCAAGACUGAUUUCCUGUCCAAGUGCUUCUAUGUGUUUCCUGAGGUGGCGUACCACAACAUCCUGGCUGUGUACCUGUACAACUGUAACACAUGGGUACGGGAGUACACCAAGUACCAUGAGAGGAUACUGGCCAACCUCAAGGGUAACAGAAAGUUGAUCUUCAUCGACUCUGCAAACAAGUUCAGCGACUACAUCCAUCCGGACCAGCAGCACCUUCCCGGCGCCACCACCGCGCUGGACGAGGACCUGAAGGUCUUCAACAAUGCCCUGAAACUCUCACACAAGGACACCAAGGUUGCAAUAAAGGUGGGCCCUAGUGCUCUACAAGUCACUUCAGCAGAGAAGAGUCGAGUUCUCGGCCACUCUGUACUGCUGAACGACAUCUACUAUGCAUCUGAGAUAGAAGAGAUUUGUUUGGUGGAUGACAACCAGUUCACCCUGACCAUAGCCAACCUGGGAACACCUCUCACCUUCAUCCAUAACGACUGUGAAGCCAUCGUACAGGCCAUCAUCCACAUCAGGACAAGAUGGGAGCUCUCCCAACCGGAUACAGUCCCUGUCCACACAAAGAUCAGACCAAAGGAUGUUCCUGGGACUCUUCUCAAUAUGGCACUUUUAAACCUGGGCAGCUCGGACCCUGGCCUGAGGUCUGCAGCUUACAACUUACUGUGUGCGCUGACUCAGGCAUUCAACCUCAAAAUCGAAGGACAGCUAUUGGAGAGUUCAGGUCUGUGCAUUCCAGCCAACAACACAAUCUUCAUUGUGUCCAUCAGCAAGAAACUAGCUGCCAACGAACCACAUCUCACACUGGAGUUUCUGGAAGAGUGCAUCUCAGGGUUCAGCAAGUCCAGCAUUGAGUUGAAACAUCUGUGUCUAGAGUACAUGACACCCUGGCUACCCAACCUCACCAGAUUCUGUAAACACCAGGAUGAUACCAAGCGGGCUAAGGUGUCAGUCAUCCUGGACAAGCUGAUCACCAUGACGAUCAAUGAGAAGCAGAUGUACCCGUCCAUCCAGGCCAAGAUCUGGGGCAACCUGGGGCAGGUGGGAGACCUGCUGGAUGUGGUGCUGGACAGUUUCAUCAAGACCAGUGCUACAGGGGGUCUGGGUUCGCUGAAGGCCGAGGUCAUGGCCGACACAGCAGUAGCGCUGGCUUCUGCCAACGUCAAACUGGUCUCAGCCAAGGUCAUCAGCAGAUUGUGCAAGAUUCUGGACAAGACCUGCUUGUCCCCCACCCCCACCCUAGAGCAGCACCUGAUGUGGGAUGACAUUGCCAUCUUAGCCAGAUACAUGCUCAUGUUGUCCUUCAACAACUCUCUGGAUGUCGCAAAUCACCUCCCCUACCUGUUCCACAUUGUAACACUACUGGUGUACACGGGACCACUGUCGUUACGGGCCUCCACGCACGGACUUGUUGUCAACAUCAUUCACUCGCUGUGCACCUGUACUCAGCUCAACUUCAGCGCAGAGGAAACCAAGCAGGUUCUCCGGCUGAGCCUGACGGAGUUCUGCCUGCCCAAGUUCUACGUCCUGUUUGGGCUCAGUAAGGUCAAGUCUGCAGCUACAGCUGCAUUCAGAUCGAGUUACAAAGACAGGUCGUUCACCUCCCAGCAUGAGAAGGGGGAGCAGAUCUCCCUGUGCUCGCUGGAGGUCAUCACCGAUGCCCUGCUGGAGGUCAUGGAGGCAUGCAUGCUGGACAUCCCAGAAUGCAACUGGCUGGAGAAAUGGCAGGAACUAUCCAGGAGGUUUGCCUUCCAGUACAACCCUGCCCUACAGCCGCGCGCGAUGGUCGUCCUCGGCUGCAUCAGCAAAACGACGACCGACGGCCAGGUCAAGCAGCUCAUCCACAUUCUAGCAAAGGUGAGGGAGACCUUCCGGAGUCAUAACCCAGAGACCUGCAAAGACAUCUAUGUGAGUCUAUAUAUGUCUGGAUCUUUGAUACAAGCACUGGAGUCCUACACAGACCUGGUGUUAGUAGAAGCCAUUGUCAUGUGCCUGACCAGACUGCAGCCCUUACUUCCAAAGGAAUCUGUGUUCCAUAAGCUGCUGUUCUGGGUGGCCAUCGCAGUGCUGCAGCUGGAUGAGAUCCCCCUGUACUCCGCAGGGCUGGGGCUGCUGGAACAGAACCUCCACACCUUAGACAGCCAGGGACACUUCGACAGAAGGAGCCCUGAACAGGUCCUGAUGGAGACCAGGGAACCCAUGGAGUGGCACUUCAAGCAGAUGGACCACUCGGUGGGACUCAGCUUCAAGUCCAACUUCAACUUUGCCGUGGUCGGUCACCUUCUGAAGGGCUUCCGCUCAUCAGCAAGUACAAAAACUGUGACAAGUUUGAAGUCAGUAAGGAGAGUGUUCCGUACCUCGCCGCCUUGAUCUCAGUUUCUGACGAAGUGCGGAGCCGCUGCGUCUUGAAACACCGGAGUAGCCAACUCCUUGCCGAGGCAACCUCCCAGGAGCCUAUCGUCAUGGAAACAAGCCCCACCCAUUCCGCGUCCGGACAGAAGGACUCUGCCAAGAGAAGUAGUCGAGAUCGGGGGACACCGAAGAGUCAGAAGAGCUUGGACAUUCACAUAGGCCACCACACCCCACCACUGCCGUCCCACACCAAAGCUCACAAGUCGCUAAGCACAGACGCCGGCCUGGCCACAAAGAGACAAAAAAGCUUCGAACUUGUCGGGCAGAAGUCCCCGCGGCUGGCAGAAGCCAGCGGGGGCGGGUCUCCGAAACACGAGGCAAGCGGUGGCGACGUGGAGCAGAGCUCGCCACCGAAGGUGAGACGCGUGGCAGAACAAGCAGAAGUGGCCGCCAGGGGAGGCAGCAGGAAACCCUCGCUGUCAGAAAACAACCUGCUGUUGGAUGAAGAGGUGCUAACAGACCAGCAGACACAAGCACUGCUGCUAACUGUCCUAGCAACGUUGGUGAAAUACACCAAUGAUGAAUCAGAGGAGCGAAUCCUGUAUGAAUACCUAGCGGAAGCCAGUGUGGUAUUUCCCAAGGUGUUUCCUAUUGUACAUAGUCUGCUUGAUGCCAAAAUCAACACGAUGCUGUCCCUGUGCCAAGACCAAGUCAUCCUCAAUGCUGUACAGAGUAUUGUACAGAACGUCAUCUCACACGAAGAUGCCAGCCAACACGGGCCCUCCUACCUACAAACUUUUGGCUUUGGUGGCUUGUGGAGAUUUGCAGGGCCAUUCUCCAAAACAAAGGUAGGCACCCCUGGCCCCGAGCAGCGAUCGGCCGUUGCGCGUUGUUUCUCCAUGUCGGUUCAAUCCCUUUGGAAAUGGACCGUGGAUGAGAAGAAAAAGAACCCACAGAGUAAAGAGAACGCAGAGCUGUUAGUAACGUGGCUCGAGGCCCUGCUAGAGUCCUUGGACAUCCCAAUCGAAGAGGAUGACCAUCUCGUCUCGUACCCGAGCCAGCUCUCGAUCACCGCCAGCAAUAACCUUUCCAGUUCCAUGUCGUCCCUGUCCGUCUCUUCUCUACAAUCGCCAACGGAAAAGGAACCGUUGGAACUCUCGCAGUCUGUCGGCCACGGCGGGCGCACCAGGCACGGCUCGGCCAGCCUGGUCACCAAGCAAAGAAGCGUAGGCAGUAUAAAGCACAGUAGCAAACAUAAGACAGGGAGAUGACAGCGCGAUGGUACACCGUAGAACCUCCAGUAACCAAGGACAACCAGAGGACUUACCCAUCGACCUUUGACCUCACUUCUUUGCUUUGGAUGCCAUAGGGGAGGGAAGAAAAAUAGUCAAGAGAGUGGAAAAGCUUGUAUUGACAAAGUGUUCCCCUUAGGAGAAAGAUGACAAUGUGUACCUUCUCAAUUUUCUUCCUUUGUAGGAUCGCCAAAACAUGUUGCUACAAAAGCAGAAUUUCUCUUCUCUUUAAAUGGAAUUAUGUCAUUAUAAUGCUAUUGCAAGUCUUGGUACUGUUAGUUUAUUUGAAAUUUUAUGGAUAAGAAAAAGUGCAAAGUAUGACAGUGUAACAUUCAAAUGAACAACUAUGACCAAAAAAUGUUUUCCAAGGUUAGGAAUUGAGGUCUUGACUGCUAUUUUAAAGACUAAGGUAGCUACAGUCAGGAUUAUUUAAGUCUAUGAAGUGAAUGACACAUGUAUGACAAUGUCCUCAACAUUGGUCUCUUUUUUGCAUUAUGUAGGGAAUAUAUCGUCCCUUAACAGUUAGUACUAAAUUCAUUUCUGUUGCUUUUGCUCUACAGAAUUCUAGAGGAAGAUAUUUUGGCAUGAUGAAAGAAAGAUUAUAUUGUGGACUAGAUGUAUAAUAAGUCUUCUAUGUCUGGCUUGAUUAUUACAAGAAUGUCACUAGUACUCUGAAACGAUGACAUUCAUCCAAAUUUGAAUAUAUUUAGUUUCAAGUUUGUCGACAAUUCCAAUGUUUUAACGUUAUUUUAAAGUUUGGAAGUGACGUUCGGAUAAGAAAUUAUGAAGGCUAUCAAUUAUUUUGCUGAGAAUUGCUAUUCAGAAGAGCAACUGAUUAAAAAAUGUCUAAUAGGACCACAGAUAUUUCCUGAAAAGCACAAAAUAAUAUUAAUGACCACAGGCAUUUCCAGUUUUCUAGGUUUGAAAAAAAGAAAUGCUGAAUUUUAGCAUGUUGGACUUAUUUCUUGUGGAAAUUGCUAGUGUUUUUAAAAGUGCACAGUGUGUGUUGAUGAGGUUUGAAGUGAAUAAUGAUGAAGAUUUAAAAAACUGUACAGAUCCUACCAAUGUGACGUGGAAACAUGCACGUACAUGUAUAGUGGUGAACAGUACAUAUAUAUGGAGGGGAAAGAAGAAGUUAUUGUACAAAGCUGACCUUGAAAAUGUAAAGUUUGCCAUGAUGAUGAUGAUAAUGACCCUACUGAAAGAAAGUGUAUCCCCUCGGUUGUACAGACUGUGUUGUAUGUAUGUUGUAAAAAGUGCUUAAAUGUAGGUAAGUCUAUGUGGUUGUAAGUAGUACACUGUGUUCCACGUGACUCCCUUUUUCGCGGCUGCCCCAACUAGCAUGACAAACACCCAUUUGUAAACACUGAAAAUAUAGACACUGGGUCUUAUUUAGUCCAGAAAGGUAGUACAUGUAUACUGAUUGUUACUUUGACUACUGACCUCAAAUGCAAUUUAUAAAACUUACCAGUUGCUCUCUCCUAUGUUAAGAAUGUAUUGUAAGCAUAAACUGAUCAUGUCUUUGUUUAAUUCAAGAUAUCAGAAAUUAUAUGCCAAUUAAAAAAAUCACAAGGCACUAAAGAUGCCCAUUACGAGAAAGACAAAAAGCUGUAUUUGUAAAUUUCUUUUAAUUACAAAUGUCAUGAAGAAGGAACUUUAGACGUACAGGUUAACGAUAAUUUCAAGCAAUUGUGCCAAAUCUUUGAGAGAGUUACUACAGUAAUAUAUGGUCCUUUAUGCCCACAUUUCAUAGUUUUUGCAGGCAUCAAGCAAAUAAAAUAUUAAAUGGAAUUCCUAUGAGAAAGUUUAUGUAUUGACUUAAAAAAACAAGCCCCCGACAACAUGCACCUCAUAUUGAAAAGAAUCAAGAAACCAAUUGUCAAGACACAUCAAGAAAUUCAGUAAUAUACCUAUAUCAGUAAACCUUAAAGAAACCCCGGUUUUAGCAGGAACACAGCCGCUAGAAAGGGAGCCAUGUGCCCCAUAGAUGUUGCAGUCGUGAUGACUAGUAAAUAGCAGAAUACUUGCUUUUCGCUAUUUUCUUCAUGCGUUCGACAACAGCAUGUAAGACAGACAGACGACGACCGAUUGCUGUACAAUUUAUGAGGAAAAUAUUUGAGUCAACAAAAAACGUCGCUGAUGAAUAAAACAUUACUAUGGAAUCCACA